CUUUCUCCCAUAGGGGGCAGUGAAUCCAAACUCACGUGCGCGUGUUGCUGUUUUAGUGAAGACUUAUGGCUGCUGUGGCCUUAGUGCAGGGUGCUAGCAGGGGUUUGGGGCUUGAGUUUUGCAGAUAUCUACUUUUAAAUAAAGCUCCAGCCGCCGUGAUCGCAACAUGCAGAAACCCGGACAGCGCACAGCAUCUGGCCGCACUAUCCGCACAGCACCCAGGUAGAAUGAGUGUACUGAGACUGGACGUAAACAGGGAGGAAGACAUCAAAAGUGCAUCUAAAAGAGUCAAAUCUGAAUUUGGGAAGUUGGAUCUGAUCAUUAAUUGUUCCGCUGUGCUUCAUCCGUCGGGUAAAGGAGAAACAAGUUUACGAGACGUGUCCGCUCAGGGCAUCAUCUCCACACUGACCACUAAUACUGUGGGUCCACUGGUGAUGGUCAAGUAUUUUGCCCCACUGCUGCAGGUCGGGACAGGGGCAUUUGGCCAACAACCAAAAGAGAAAGCAAAACAACACACUGGAAUCAUUGUCAACAUGACUGCUAGAGUGGGAUCAAUCGGAGACAAUGCUCUUGGAGGAUGGUACAGCUAUAGGAUGUCUAAAGCUGCUUUAAACAUGGCCACCCGAAACUUGUCCAUCGAGCUGGGUCGUGGACAAUCUAAAAUUGUGUGCGUGUCCCUGCAUCCUGGAACUGUGAAUACAGAUUUAUCUCGGCCUUAUCACCGAAACGUUCCCAAGGACAAGCUGUUCAGCACAGAAUACUCUGUACAGUGUCUUAUGAAUGUCAUAGACAGCUUAAAUAUUAGCAAAACAGGGAAAGCGUAUGCAUGGGAUGGCACUGAAAUUACCUGGUAGACAAUCUGAUCAAAGACAGACUGUCUUUUUCAGUUCAAGGUCAAGAUGAAUUAAAGAAAUUAUGCAAUAAUGGAUUGUUAAUGGAUUAUCACUCGCUGCAUUUAUUACAGAAUAAGGCUUGCUUAUAAACUACUCCAAAAAGAAACACAAAA